CCAUGCUGCCGUCACGGGUGCCACUCCAGCUGCCAGCAGCGAUGGCAGCUGGGACCCGUUUACUUGGUUGAAAUAGCCGAGGACCGCAUCAGAGGAUUCUUGGUGUCAAUGGCUACAACGAUGGCGGGACUCGGUUCCCUGCUGAUGACCGCUGUUGGGCCAAAACUGUCUUUCUUCACGGUGACCGAAAUCAUGAUGGUCUGGCCGGUCUUGUUUGCGGCCGUCUUCUGGUGGAUGCCGGAGAGUCCGUACUUCUUGAUGGCGAAGCAUCGCAAGGACGAAGCGACCAAGGCGCUGAUGAGGCUGCGCGGGAAGAGUUCGGAGGAGGAGGUGCAGGGCGAGCUGGAGGUCAUCCAGAGGGGACUGGAGGAGCGCUCGCAAAAGGAGGUCAGCGCCGCAGACGCCUUCCGGGAGCUGCGGAGGAACGCCCGGUCGCGGAGGCUCUUCAUGCUAUCAAUGGUCUUUACGAUGUGCGUGGUGCUGAGCGGCGUCGACGCCAUCAAUGCCAACACGCUGCAUAUACUGGUGGAAAGUAACAGCUCGCUGGACCCGGAACUUUCGGCCAUCGGUGUCUCCAGCAGCACGGUGCUGUCCUGUAUUGUCUUCUCCCUCGUGGUGGACCGACUGGGUAGGAAGCCACUGCUGCUGUUCUCCUUAUGUGGCUGCUGCGUCGCCACUACAUCCCUCGGCGUCUACUUCUUCCUCAUUGUCUACGCCAGCGAGGGCGCCACAGACGAUAUCUUCUGGCUGCCUCUUGCCAGUCUCAUUGUCUUUUUUGUGUCCUUCGGCAUGGGCUUGAACUCUCUGCUAUGGGUGAUGCCCAACGAGCUGGUGCCGCCCUCGCUUCGAGUGCUGGCCUCCUCCUCCGUCUACGUCUUGGUGGCGGUGUUGGGCUUUAGCGACACCAAACUGUUCCAGGUGGUCACCGACGCCUACGGCGCUUUUAUACCUUUCUGGUUUUUCGCGACGUGCUCUUUCCUAGGGAUUAUCUUCGUGUGGUUCUUCAUUCCUGAAACCAAAGGACGCUCGUUGGCCGACAUAUCAUCUGAGAAGAACGUUGAAUCUUCUCCACACCAUAACCAGUCCAGCCAACCAACUUGA